AUGGAAGAACGUAUAGAAGGAGUUCCCAAAUUGCUACCUUCUGAAAUCGUUGCUCGUUUCCCUCUUGGCUAUUUCCUUGAGAAUAUUGCCGUACGGUCAAAUGGAACGCUUCUCGUCACGAAUAUGAUUUCUACUAUUCAGUUGAUACAUGAUUUCAAUGCUGCCGAAGCACCUCCUGAGGACGAUGAAGAAACUGGUAUCUAUGGCUCAAAGAAUCACGCAGAAGCGAUUAUAGAGCAUCCGAAAAUUGCUGAUUUAUUUUAUGCGUUCUCUGGUGUGCAUGGGAAAGCUGAUACUUGGGCUGUAUACUCCUUGGACUUCCGUGGCUUCGAUCCGUCUCGCGGAGCAGCUACAACCAUGGUGGAAAGCUCGCGAACAUACCUGGAGCAGGAUGGCUCAAUGGAUGAGAGAUUAGGCAAGGUCACAACUCAACCACCAUGGCCUGCAUUCAACGGCCUAGAGUACUUUAGAGGCCAGAUUUUCGGAACGGUUACUGAUCGUGGGACACUCGUGAAAAUGCAAGUAGAUGAAACUGGCGAGUACAAGAGCGGUAGUCUGGAGGUUGUAGUCAAUCAGUUUAUCGGGGAUGAUUUUGCAUUCAAUUGUGAAGGGAGCGCUUAUGUAGCUACAAACCCGGCACAUACAGUUUUGAAGUUUGUCCAAAUUGUGACUGGGCCACAAAAGGGGGAAAGGCUCAAGAUUUUAGGUGGACUAGAUAAAAAAGAGACUGCUGGUCCGACUGCUUUAGCUUUCGAGAGAGGGGAAGAUGAUAGUGACUGCAUCUAUGUAGUGACAUGCGGUGGAGUCGUGAAUCCAACUGGUGAUAAUGGACCAGGGCAAGCAUUAAUUGCUAAAGUUCGUGUUGGAGUGAGAGGUGAGGCAUGUUAG